GUCCGGAACUUGUCGGCCAAUACGACAGAAGAUGCCCUGCGGCUCAUGCUCGUCUUUUCAAACGAGCUGAUCAGCGUCGAACUCUUGGCUAACAAUUCCGACGACCUGCGCUAUCGCUCUGCUGUGCUGUAUUUCCAAUCCAUGAACGGCGCGCUUGAAGCCCAAACCAACCUCAACGGCCGCGUCAACAUGAACAACAGCGGCAGCAUGCUGGUUGAUGUCUUGGGCACGUCUACCUAUUCGUCGCCUAACAGGAUGACGCCUAACCCCGUUCCCUUGGCCAGCCCAAGUGCCGCGUCCAAUGUUGACCCUUUUACCACGGCGGUUACUCGUCCUCAGCCAAGCAUUGGCAAUGGGUUCCCAUCCCACGAUGCAAUGUCGCCGACAAUGAGGGGCCGUUUCUUCGGUAGCGUUGCUCCCCAUCAGGACCUGGCCGCCCCAGAUACCGAGGCUAGCAACCACUACAAGAACUUGUUCAAUCCCCAGUCGCCCAUUGGAAACCACCUUGCUAACGAGCUGCCCGGCCGACUGGGCAAAUACAUGAUCAACAACGAGCUCGGCGAUGAUGAUGAUAGCGAACUUCUCAGAGAUCCCAUUGCCUAUGCGGAAAACGGCACCCCGGCCCAACGCAGAGCUACUGCUCCCAACAUUCCCACCAGCCAAAUGGCGAGCCUUUCCAUCAACACGAGCGCUCCGCCGCCGUUGCCAUCGUACAUUCCAACCCUGACUUCUCCGUCGCGAUCACAGGCGCAACAGCAUCAGCAAGACAGGUCCCCUAGGCAACAUCUGUCAAAGCCCCAGCAACAAGACAGGCAGCAGCAACAGUCGAACCAACAAGUGCCAUACGGAAGAUCCAACUUUCCUCCCGUCAACCCCGCGGACCAGAAUCCUCCCUGCAACACGCUUUACGUUGGCAACCUGCCUGUCGAUACGGCCGAGGAGGAGCUCAAGGCAAUGUUUUGCAAGCAGCGAGGCUACAAGAGGCUUUGCUUUCGUACCAAAGCGAACGGGCCCAUGUGUUUUGUCGAGUUUGAAGACAUUUCGUUGGCUACACGGGCACUAAACGAAAUGUACGGAGCGUUGCUGCACAACAGCACCAAGGGUGGCAUCCGCCUGAGCUUCUCCAAGAACCCGCUUGGCGUUCGUUCUGGCCAGCCUCCUUCGCAGGUCCCUCAGACAACCAUGCCUCCCAUGAACGGAGCGGCCCCGUCCAACUUGUCCAACGCCUUCGCUGCGGCCAGUGGCCCUCCUCCAGGUCUGUCUGUACCACCGGGACUUGGUUCACGAGGGGCUGGCUACGGCAGCGCCGGCAACGGCAACGGCAACGGCAACGGCCAC